GAUGGCCAAGCGCAGCUCGCUGUCCAUCCGCAUCGUAGAGGGGAAGAACCUGCCCGCCAAGGACAUCACUGGCAGCAGCGACCCCUACUGCAUCAUGAAGGUGGACAAUGAGCCCAUCAUCAGGACGGCCACUGUGUGGAAGACCCUGUGCCCCUUCUGGGGUGAGGAGUAUCAGGUGCGCAUGCCACCCACCUUCCACGCUGUGGCCUUCUACGUCAUGGACGAGGAUGCCCUCAGCCGCGACGAUGUCAUCGGGAAGGUCUGCCUUACAAGGGACACUCUAGCCUCUCACCCCAAGGGUUUCAGCGGGUGGGCCCACCUGACGGAGGUCAACCCAGAUGAGGAAGUGCAGGGUGAGAUCCACCUGCGGCUGGAGGUGGUGCCAGGGCCCCGGGUCCGCUGGCUGCGCUGCUCUGUGCUGGAGGCCAGGGACCUAGCCCCGAAGGACCGGAAUGGCGCAUCUGACCCCUUUGUCCGAGUGCGCUACAAGGGCCGGACGCAGGAGACCUCGAUUGUGAAGAAAUCAUGCUACCCACGCUGGAAUGAGACUUUUGAGUUUGAGCUGGGGGAGGGGGCCACAGAGGAAUUGUGCGUGGAGGCCUGGGACUGGGACCUUGUCAGCAGAAAUGACUUCCUGGGCAAGGUAGUGUUCAAUGUCCAGAGACUGGGAGCAGCCCAGCAGGAGGAAGGCUGGUUCCGGCUGCAGCCCGAUCAGUCUAGGAGCCAUCAGAGGGAUGAGGGCAACCUGGGCUCUUUGCACCUGGAGGUUCGGCUGCGGGACGAGACGGUGCUGCCCUCCGCCUGCUACCAGCCCCUGGUGCAGCUGCUGUGCCAGGAAGUGAAGCUGGGCAACCAGGGCCCAGGGCAGCUGAUCCCACUCAUCGAGGAGACAACCAGUGCCGAGUGUCGCCAGGAUGUGGCCACCAACCUGCUUAAGCUCUUCCUGGGGCAGGGGCUGGCCAAGGACUUUCUGGACCUGCUCUUCCAGCUGGAGCUGGGUCGCACCAGUGAGGCCAACACCCUGUUCCGGAGCAACUCUCUGGCCUCAAAGUCCAUGGAGUCUUUUCUGAAGGUGGCUGGGAUGCGGUAUCUGCACGGUGUCCUGGGCCCCAUCAUUGACAGAGUGUUUGAGGAAAAGAAGUAUGUGGAGCUGGACCCCAGCAAAGUGGAAGUUAAGGAUGUGGGGUGCUCGGGGCUGCACCGCCCACAGACCGAGGCCGAGGUGCUGGAGCAGAGCGCGCAGACGCUGCGCGGCCACCUGGGGGCGCUGCUGGGCGAGCUCUGCCGCUCGGUGCGUGCAUGCCCCGCUGUGGUGCGCGCCACUUUCCGCCAGCUCUUCCAGCGCGUGCGCGAGCGCUUCCCCAGUGCCCAGCACGAGAACGUGCCAUUCAUCGCCGUCACCAGCUUCCUGUGCCUGCGCUUCUUCUCUCCCGCCAUCAUGUCGCCCAAGCUCUUCCACCUGAGGGAGCGACACGCAGACGCCCGUACCAGCCGCACCCUUCUCCUGCUGGCCAAGGCGGUCCAGAACGUGGGCAACAUGGACACGCCGGCUUCCAGGGCCAAGGAGGCCUGGAUGGAGCCGCUGCAGCCCACCGUGCACAAGGGCGUGGCACAGCUGAAGGACUUCAUCACCAAGCUUGUGGACAUCGAGGAGAAGGAGGAGCUGGAGCUGCAGCGGACGCUGAGCUUGCAGGCACCGCCCGUGAAGGAGGGGCCGCUCUUCAUCCACAGGACCAAGGGCAAGGGCCCCCUCAUGUCCUCCUCCUUCAAGAAACUCUACUUCUCCCUCACCACUGAGGCUCUCAGCUUCGCCAAGACGCCCAGCUCCAAGAAAAGUGCGCUCAUCAAGCUAGCCAACAUCCGGGCAGCAGAAAAGGUGGAGGAGAAGAGCUUCGGCAGCUCGCACGUUAUGCAGGUCAUCUACACAGACGACACUGGCAGGCCCCAGACUGCCUACCUGCAGUGCAAGUGUGUGAAUGAGCUGAACCAGUGGCUGUCUGCACUGCGGAAAGUAAGCAUCAACAACACUGGCCUGCUGGGCUCCUACCACCCCGGCAUCUUUCGCGGGGACAAGUGGAGCUGCUGCCACCAGAGGGACAGAACAGAUCGGGGCUGCGAUAAGACCCGGUCCCGGGUGACUCUGCAGGAGUGGAAUGACCCUCUCGACCAUGACCUUGAGGCCCAACUUGUCUACCGGCACCUGCUGGGUGUGGAGGCCACACUGCGGGAGAAGCAUCGGGAACUCAGUGGGGGCACAGAGGCAGGCACUGUGCCUGAGGACCCUGGUGAAGCCCCCAAGGACUCACUGGCCCAGCUGCUCCAGGUGCUGCAGGACCUCCGCGAGGCCCAUAGCUCCAGCUCGGCCAGCCUCCUGCCCUCAGAGCCCAACUGCCUCCUAGAGCUGCAGACGUGAGACCUGACGCACACUCCCAUGCUGAGCUCCCUGCCAGGUGCUUGGAGACCCCCAAUGCACUCUGGGCCUUCACUCCAGCCCCCUCACUGGGGUGCAGAACCUAGGUCUUUCCUGGGUGGAGGGAGUGGGGGUAUCCAGCAGCAUGGGGUUCCAGAUGUCCGUAGCUGACAAGGCUUUGGCCCAUUGUGGCCAACCUGAAGUCUUUAGUGGACUUAGGUGGCUCCCGCUCCUCUGUGAGGCCUGGCUGUGCCCUGCAGCUCCUGCAGCUGUCCCUGCCUCUAGCCGUGACUCUCCAGGGACUCUCCUCUUCUGCUGAGGACAGAUCCAGCCAGAAACCACCCCUAGGGAGGUCCAUGCCCAGGUGGGCCGGCCUCCUGGGCCCCAAGAGCAGGCUUCCACCCGAACACCCCCUCACUCCCGGCUACCACCCCACAUGCUCCCUUCACGGCCUCUUCCUGUGUCCCUUGGGUGGGGCACUGUGGUGCUCUGCUGCUGACAGUAAACCUGCUGUGACUGCCAA